AUGCUUAUAGGUGCUGAUGUCUUUUGGGACUUAAUAGGAACGCAGAGAUUAAAAUUAGGGGACGGUCAGCCGAUUCUUUGUGAAACUAGCUUAGGAUGGUUAGUAUCAGGUCCGAUAGAUUAUAGAUAUGUAAAGAAAGGGGUUAACUUUAUUAAAUGUAAUUUUACAAGAAUAUUUCAAGAUGAGGCUAGUAAAGAUUUAGAUGAAGAUAUACAAAAACAAUUAGUACGCUUCUGGCACCUCGAAGAGGUAAGCCCUGCGUCUCUUUAUUCAAACGAAGAAAAAUUAUGCGAAGAACACUUUUUAAAAAACACCACGCGACUGGCAAAUGGUCGAUUUUGCGUGAGGAUACCCUUAAAACAUAAUCCUGACGUAUUAGGUGAUUCUUGGCCACGAGCUAAAAAGUGUUUACUAUCGCUAGAGCGCAGGUUAGCAGGUCAAUCUCAGGUCUAUGAAAUGUAUAAAGAAUUUAUGUCAGAGUAUGAAAGUCUGGGUCAUAUGGAGAAAUGUGAGAAUGAUAAUUUACCACGUAAGAUGCAUUUUAUACCACAUCACGGUGUGCUUCGGGAAAGUAGUACUACUACUAAAUUAAGAGUCGUUUUCAAUGCUAGCAGUCCGACUUCUUCGGGUGUUUCCUUGAAUAAUAUACAGAUGGUAGGUCCCGUGGUACAGGACGACCUUUUGUCCAUUCUUUUACGCUUUCGGCUACACAAAUACGUUCUCACAGCUGAUGUUGAGAAAAUGUACCGGCAAAUAGUCAUUCAUCCCGAUGACCGCUAUUUGCAACAAAUUGUCUGGCGUGAUAACCCUUCAGAACAGCUUCAAGCUUAUCAACUUAACACCGUGACUUACGGCACCUCUAGUGCUCCCUUUUUGGCAACUAGGUGCCUCCAACAAUUAGGCUUAGAGUGUACCGAUGACAAGGUUGCUCAAGUGAUCAUUCACGAUUUUUACGUUGAUGACUUGCUAACGGGAGGGGAUGAUAUUAACGAGGUUACAGAUUUGCGCCGUAAAGUGACUUCCACACUUGCAUCAGCUCAUAUGGUUUUGCGAAAGUGGAAGUCGAAUGAAUCUCAACUGGUUAGUGAAAAUGAUAUUUCUCCGCUUGAUUUGAAUAUUGGUGGCUUUGAACCGACUAAAACUUUAGGCCUUGGUUGGCAAUCACAUACUGACCAACUUUGUUUCCCUAUAGGAGGGCUAUUCUCAGGUAGAACAAAGCGUGAUAUGUUAUCUGUGAUUUCUCAGAUUUUUGAUCCACUAGGACUUCUAUCUCCCUGUGUAAUUAAGAUGAAAAUGCUUCUUCAACAGUUGUGGCUGCUCAAGCUGUCAUGGGAUGAGCAGUUGACGCCAGAAAUCAGCAAGAUGUGGGCUGAGAUAAUAGUCGAUUUACCUAAAUACUCUACGUAUUCCACGUCGUGUUAUUUGUGA